GUUCCGGCCGAAUAUAUAACCGGUCCCGGCGCAUGUUCUCGGGGAACAUGGCGGGCCCGUGUUGGAGGCAGUGCCGGCGGUGGAGAGCCAACUCUCCGAGCCUUAGUUUACUUGAAAAUGCGUGGCAUUGCAGCGGGAGGUCCGUGUCGAACUCAGCGUCCACGCGCGGCCGCUUGUCGUGGAGCACCAGGCCGGCGAACGAGGUGUCUCCGUCAAAGCGACCGUCUCAUACAAGCCUCAGAACGAUCAACUUUACCUCAACACGGCACAGCACGAGGUUGCUGGUUCCAGCGCUACAGUCCUGCAGCUGCCGAAAGACGCACAGCGACGCCAAGCUGACAGACCCGUUUACUUUAGCGCAGAAAGACUUAACAAGUUUAUAUGACGACAUUAAAAAGGAACUUUUUGUGUCCAAAGAGGAGCUCAAGUAUCUGUGCGACUACUACUUUGAUGGCAAAGGAAAAGCCAUCCGACCCAUGAUCGUGGUUCUGAUGGCCCGAGCGCUCAACAUCCACAGCAACAGAUCCGGUGAUCUGUUGCCGGGUCAGAGGGCGAUCGCUAUGAUCUCAGAGAUGAUCCACACCGCCAGCCUGGUGCACGACGACGUCAUCGACGGGUCUAACAAGAGACGGGGGAAGAGGACCAUCAAUGAAGUUUGGGGAGAGAGGAAGGUGCGCCCCCUGGUGGCAGGACUCCAGGCUGCAGCUCACGCUCCAUGUCUCUCACAGGCCAUCCUCGCCGGAGACUUCAUCCUGUCGGCCGCCUCCGUGGCGCUGGCUCGCAUCGGGAACAUCACGGUGGUCAAGGUCCUGUCUCAGGUGGUGGAAGACCUGGUGCGAGGUGAGUUCAUGCAGCUGGGCGCCAAGGAAAACGAGAACGAGCGCUUCAAACAUUACCUGGAGAAGACCUUCAAGAAGACGGCCAGUCUGAUCGCCAACAGUUGUAAAGCAGUGUCCAUCCUGGUCAACUCUGAUCCCGAGGUGCACGAGAUCGCCUUUCAGUACGGGAGGAACGUCGGCAUCGCCUUCCAGCUGGUGGACGACGUGCUGGACUUCACCACCGGAGCCAGUCAGCUGGGCAAGCCGGCGGCAGCAGACCUCAAGCUGGGCUUAGCCACCGGGCCGGUUCUCUUCGCUUGUCAGCAGUUCCCUGAGCUCCACGCGAUGAUCAUGAGGCGCUUCAGCUCCAAGGGAGAUGUGGACCGAGCCUGGCAGUACGUCCUGCAGAGUGAUGGCGUGCAGCAGACCAGCUACCUGGCGCAGCGCUACUGCCAGGAGGCCAUCAGACAGAUCAGUCGCCUGCGGCCGUCGGCGGAGAGAGACGCCCUCAUCAGGCUGACCGAGAUGGUGCUGACCAGAGACAAGUGACCUCGGCCGCGACCUUCUCUUCAGGCAGCUACCUGCGCAGGGCGACCCCUGCUGUCGGGCGCGAGAAAUGCAGCCGCCCUGGACUGGACUGCUUUCACCCCCAGAGCGAUAUUUAUAAUCAGAACAGGAGGAAUCACGAAUGAAAGAAUCUCAGUACUGUAACUGUCACGGCGACGUCUGUAACCUUGUACUCGCCGAGUCUUUUAUUUCACGUGUGUGUCGUCUGUCUGCAUCCGUCCACACCGUCACAAGCCAAACUGUCUUCAUGGACAACGCUCAACAGCCUUAACGUCUGCAACCACUCGGCUCAAUAAACCCAGUUUUUUUAUUCUAAUCCUCUGCUGUGUACAUUUAUCCCCAAUAAAGGUGAGGACAAUAGAGCCAGUCAGUACAGUCGGGACGUGUCCUGGAUGGAGGAGCAUGGGAGGAACCCUUGGUCCAGA